CAUUUACAGUUAUUUUUGUGUUCUUUGUGUUUGCGCGCCUUUGUCAGCCGAGAAAGCAGAAUAACGAGACUUAGUUAUGAAUUCUAAAACGGAUAACGAUGCAGAAACGGAUGCUAUUGCAGCAGACGACAUUCAAAAAGAUUCGAAUUAUGAAGUAAAGCAAAAAAAAUUAAAAACUGUUCUAACUAAUGAGGUUUCUAAAAUGGAUGCGUGUGAUAUUGUGAUCCCAGACCAUCAGCUUAUUAGUGCUGCUGCAUUGGCUCGCCAGCUGAAAUUCUCCCGAAAGUCAUUCAUAAAGAAAUCUCAGGAUAUGGAUAUGAGUACAAAUUCUGAAGAAGACAUUGAUUCGAAACUCCUGGACAGUAGUCAGACAACAUCCACAGAUAGUAGCGACGAGGAAGAGGAGAGCAGACAUAUAGAGCUGCUGCCACUGACAACUACUAAUACAUACAAUCAUCUAGAGACAUGGCUGAGCACUAUAGAGAGCCACACCUUGAUACCGAUAAUGAUGGAUGUGGGUGAACGUAGACCGGAGCUGGAGCAAGAUGACAGUGAUGUAGAAGAAGAGCCCGAACCAGUGGUAGACAGCGCAAAUCCAUUUCGUAUCGACAAAACAAACAAAGAGCAGAAAGGACAACAGCCAGAUACAAAAAACUAUGAAGACCGGAGCGCUGAGCGCCAAAUGAAUAACUUUACACAACUUAUAGAAGCGCGCGCGGCAGUGCCAGAAUUUGCGCUGUCAGACGAAGUCCACCGCGUGGACAGACCUGAUGAAGCCAUGGCCCUCGGCUCUAAAUUGCCCCACAUUCAGAUAUCAAAUAGCUUUAAGGUAGGCGACACGCUGAAGGUAUUUGUAACCGAGAUCUACAGUCCGUUUCAAUUCUGGUUCCAUGUUGUUGACGGCGAUUACGAUACCAAUUUACUGGAUGCACUGGGUGCUCAGCUAACAAAAUUUUAUGACUCAAAUCGCUGUACCAAGUGGCAGCUGUCCAAUUACUUUAUGAAGGCCGGCUAUAUUUGCGCUGUUCUCUACAAGUUGAACUGGCGACGUGCACGCAUCGUCAGCGAACCGCAGUCGCAGGAUCAGCGCGUGGAAAUCUAUCUACUGGACUAUGGCAAGAGUGUGGAGGUGCAAGCCAAAGACUUGUAUUUUCUGCAUAGUCGUUUUGCCGAACAGCCGGCGCUGUUGAUGCGCGGCACUCUAACUGAUGUCUAUCCGCUCGAUCUGCACUGGCCGGCAAAUGCGACAUGGAAGUUUCGACAGCUGGUGCAGGGACAAAAGCUGCAUGCCGCCAUCAAGGAUAUCGACCAGGAUGAGCGCAUCUUAUUCAUAAAUAUCUUUAGCUGCGAUACAACGACCAUUAGUGACUUAUUGAUCGAGGCCAAACUGGCUGGACGCAGUCAGAAUUAUAGCUCCGAGCAGCGCGCUGCCAAUUGCGGUCGCCGUUUGCGUUAUUUGCGCGAGCGUCUUCCCACCUUUGACAUGCUGGAGACUCAGGUGUUCCAAGCGACGGAUGAGUUUGAGAAACUGUUCGAUAAUAUCAUCUAUAUGCCAACAUUCUUUCAGCAGUUUAAGCUGCCGCAAAUGGCAAAUCCACUUAGACAUGAUCUCCAGCAGGCCCUGGCCGAUUGGCUACUCAAAUUCCAGCCCGAAGAGCUGGCUUGGCAAAAGGUAACCCAAGAAGCUAACGCCAAAAUAAAACAGGAACAACCAAAGCCGAAGCCAUUGCAACAGCAACAGCGAGCAGCCUAACUACAUGAAGCUAUCAGGCUACCUCCGGGUACAUACCAAAUGUAUUUAGAUAACAUACAACUUUUAUAAUUCGGAUAAGCUCUAAAAAAGCCAAGUUCUCUUCAAGACUUGAUUUAAGAGUUUCAAAAAUUAUAAAUAGCUCUUGGAAUAAGUUUCUCAGCUGAUAAAUUGUCAUGCUGUAUACAUUUGCAAAGCCAGUAUAUGUGACCCUAUCAUAUAUAGUAAAUAUAUUC